GCCCGGGGCGGGGCUUCGGGCCCAGGUCCGCACAGCGAGUUCCCAGCCGGAAUCGGCCCCGGGUCCGUCCAGAUCCAGAGCCGCCGCCGCCCCAGCCCGCCGCCUGCGCUGAAGCUCCUCUGCCCGGACCAGGGAGACACUCCCAGGGGCCAGCCCGGGGAGCACAGCUGCCUACGAUCACCUUCCUGCUGCCAGCUCCGGAGUGCUCCACCCUUUGGGGACAGUGUGACUUCCUGACUUCAGCAACAUUCGUCUCUCUUUUUCUAAUUCCGUGGGCCGACCCUGUGCCCACGCCCGCCCCCUGCUCCCUGCCCUCGGCAGGGUUCUGGUGCCUGAAAACCACCCUCCGGCUGGGGUGUGUCCGGGUGAGUGGCGAGAGGGGCAGCCGGAGCCCGCGGGCUCGGCGAUCGGACGGCCUCCAGCCUCGGAGCCAGGCCCGUGGUGAGGUCGCCAUGUCCACCAAGGCGCCCAUCUACCUGAAGCGAGGCAGCCGCAAGGGCAAGAAGGAGAAGCUCCGGGACCUGCUGUCCUCGGACAUGAUCAGCCCGCCGCUGGGGGACUUCCGCCACACCAUCCACAUCGGCAGCGGCGGGGGCGGCGACGUGUUCGGGGACAUCUCCUUCCUGCAGGGCAAGUUCCACCUCCUCCCGGGGACUGCCGUCGAGGGGCCCGAGGAGGACGGCAGCUUCGCCCUCCCCUUCCAGUUCGCCCCCGCCGCCCUGUGCGGGCAGGGGCUCCCCGCGGGGCCGUCCCCGCUGCUCAAGAACGCCAUCUCCCUCCCCGUCAUCGGCGGGCCCCAGGCCCUCACCCUGCCCACGGCCCAGGCCCCCCCCAAGCCCCCGCGCCUGCACCUGGAGACCCCGCAGCCGUCCCCGCAGCCGUCCCCGCAGGAGGCGGGGGGUGUGGACAUGUGGCGGAUUCCAGAGGCCGGCUCCGCCCCCAACGGGCUGACCCCUGAGUCGGGGGCUGAGGAGCCCUUCCUGUCCCACGCCAGCUCCCUGCUCUCCCUGCACGUGGACCUGGGGCCGUCCAUCCUGGACGACGUGCUCCAGAUCAUGGACCAGGACCUGCGGGUCCCCACAUAGGACCGGGGCGAGCCGGCCUGGAACCUGGGCUGGGGUGAACGCCGGGAAGCGGGGGGACAUGGUCCGGGCCUACGAGUCGGGAUCCCAAGCCAGAGAGUUCUCACGUUGAGCCUGUGUUGGCCUCCCUUCCCCCUCUCUCCGGGACAGAGUACAGCUCACUGCGUUCCCAUGAAGCCCACAAGGACACGUGCUGGACUCAGCCCAACGGGCCCUGAGCAUGUCGGCCACCUGGGCCCCCACGACCAACCGCUCCUCCCUCCUCAGACCUCUGGGGUGGACGCUGCGGAAACCAACUCCCCUUUCCCCUCCCUUCUUCCCGGCCCCCUCGGAUGCCCUGGCUGGGGGGCAGGGCAGAGGAGGACGCAGACCUUUGGUGUCAUGUCCUGGGCGAGAAGCAUGGCCUCCAGGACCGGAUGCCCCUCUGCCCCACCCCUUUCCACAUGACCAAGGGUUCUGGUCGCAAUAAAACCUGCUGCUGCUCAUA